AUGGAAUGUUCUUCAAGCGUUUUAGGGUUGGGAAAUAUUUUGGAGGAUAAGAAAAAAUGCUUCGUAUUAUUAGCUAGUAAAUCCCCUAGGAGAAUAGAGUUAAUGCGAUUAACAGGAAUAAAAAAUAUGUAUAUUUGUGAGUCAGGAUUUAAAGAAGAUUUAGAUAAAAAAUCGUUUCCCACUGCUGAAGAGUAUGUUAAAGAGAAUGCUUUGAGAAAAGGAUUAAAUGUAGCAGAACAUAUUUGGUUUAAUAAUAACAAAACCGAUGAUAAGGAAAAAAAUGAUCUAAAAAAUAAUAAUAAUACAGAUCAGACUUAUAAUUAUCAAAUGAAAUCUAUUAAUAGCUAUUAUGAUCCAUUGCCUAAUAUAAUUAUUUCUUGUGAUACUAUUGUUACGUUAAAUAAUGAAAUAAUAGAAAAACCUUUGGAUAAAAAUGAUGCUCAUAAAAUAUUAACAAAGUUAUCAAAUAACAUUCAUUGUGUAUAUACGGCUGUGUGUAUAUUUUUGUAUAAAACUAAGACACCUAUUACAUUUGUUGAAAAAACCAAUGUAUAUUUUGAUAAUUUACAUGAAAAUGAUAUUUCAGAAUAUCUAAAAACAAAUGAACCAUAUGAUAAAGCUGGUGCUUAUUCAAUUCAAGGGAUAGGAAGUCAAUUUAUUAAAAAAAUUGAUGGAUGUUAUUAUAAUGUUAUGGGAUUACCUAUACAUAAAUUAUCCAAAACUUUGGCAAAAUUAUUUCUUGAAAAUAAAAUUUUGUAUUAA